AUGAAGAAGUUAGUUGUGGUUGUCUUCUUUUUGGUCCUCAUGGCCACUUUCACAGAUGGUUCACCAAUUUUGGCUGAAAAAGAAGCCAAACAACUUCUGAGAACUCGUCGUGAAGAGAGACAGAGAAAAGCUGGUUUCCCUGAUGAGCCAAUGAGGGAGCAUAUGCUUUACCUCCAGCGCUGGGAGCAGAGAUCAGAAGAACAAUUCCUUGAACACUGGUUGAAUCCACACUGCUUACCACACUGCAACAGGGAUUUAGUGCAUCCAAUCUAAUGGUUUUGCCUAACCUCCAAUUGCUCUCUUCAAGAGUACUGAAGAGAAUAUAUAUUAUCAUUGUAUUAAGGAGAACAAGAUUAUUCCUGCAUUG